CUUUGACCCUAAGAUAGGACCCGGAGGAAAUGUGCGGCACUCAUUCCCGCCUGAAAAGCACUACACAGGCAAAUAACUUGGACCACUGGGACGUUAGUCUACUCUGUGCAAUCGAGUUAGCGACAAGCUAAGCAAGCUUGCCAGCUGUUGAAGUCAGUUGUUAUUUAAUCAAAUUUUCAUUAUGGACGACCUCUAUUUAGACAAUAUUGACGAAUUCGUCCACGAUCAUAACAAAAUCGUGACCUACAAAUGGCUGAGCCUUACACUUGGAGUCCAUGUCAACCAGGCCAAACAGAUGCUGUUUCAUUACUUGGACCAGAAGAGAAAGGACAGCUCUGGGUCUCGACUUCAUGCAACUUAUCUCGUGUCUGGCAAGUGUUUGGAGAAUGGCAUUAUGGGUCACAAGGUGGCAGUAGUGAGAGAAGAUCAGCUAGAAGAUGUGAAGUCUAAGAUGGAGGCGACGGCCAGCGUUCACGUCUACAGCAUCCAGAAAGCCGUGCUGAAGGACAGCGGACCUCUCUACAGCACAGACUAUGAUGCCGUGAAGGAGAAUCUGAAAAACUGCAGCAAGUACAGUGCUAUUCGCUGCAGCAGUGCUGUCCCCAUGUCAGCUGUAGAGGUGCAGCGGGCCCAGGAGAAGGCACAGGCCCCACCACCACCAGCAGCAGCAGCAACAGAAAGCAGCAGAUCUGCUCUCAACGGCCACGCCCCUCAAGCCUCCAAACCAGCCGCAAAGCAGCCCAAAGGCAUCAUGGGAAUGUUUGCCAGCAAGAGCUCUCCAAAAACACAGGAGUGCAGCAAAGAGGUUAAAACAGAGGUGGAGGAGGACACUGGCACGGUGGGGACAUCGAAAAGUAAGCCCAGCCCCAAGAUGAAUGCCAUGAAUCAUUUUUUUGGGAAAGCAACAACAAGCAAACCGAAGCCCAGUACUGAGUCUUCCGACCGAGUCAUAAAAGAAGAAGUGGGAGGGCCACAGACGUCCUCUUCGGCCAAUGAGAAGCCGUCGGUCUCGCCUCCCAAAGCUCCAGUGAACGUCAAGCAGGAAAAACCCAAGAGCUCUGAACCCGAGACCAAAAAAUCCAAAGACAGGAGCAGUAAAUCGAAGAGGCUGGAGCUGUCUGACAGUGAGGACGAGAGGCUGGAGAGCCAGAAGAAGAGGAGGAGGAUAAAGAAGCCUCAGCUGGACAGCAGCGAUGAGGAAGUGAUACCAGAGACUCCACCUUCCCGAGACGUGGAGACACCGACCCCCAGCCCGGAGAGUCACGUGAAGAAGGAAAGCGCUCCGCAGGCCGAGGAAAAUGUCGGUGGAAGGAGGAGGAAGAGGAGGAAGGUCCUGAAACCCCACACUUUCCUGGAUGAGGAAGGCUGCAUCGUGACAGAGAAGAAGUACGAGAGCGAGUCUUACUCUGAGAGCGAGGAUGACUUCAAGGCCUCCAAGCCUCCCCCCAAGGAAGCCGCUCCUGUGAAGCCCCCCGCUGGGAAGAGGAAGGAGGAGGACAAGAGGAGUCAAAAGAAAGCUGCUGCUAAUAAAACCACUAAACAGGCUUCCAUUAUGGGAUUCUUCCAGAAGAAAUGAGCCCAGAGACCUCCACCAGCCUGCUGCUCGUUCUCUUCUUUCAUUAGCCUGGGACUUGACACCGAGACACGAUUAAACCGUUCAGGAGUUGGUCGUGUUUCAGGAACAGCACUUGGUUAUUUUUCCGUUGUUUGGGGGAAAUACAGGACAAUCUAUUUGCUUAAAAAUGACUAUGUUACAAAUGAUUUACUGUGGAUUGUUGGUCAGAGGAAUGAUGCAUUGUGUCAAUCAGUGUCUACAGUCCUUGAAUUUAUGAAACAUAAGUGCUCUGUAAAUAAACUAUUUUUUUCCAGUA